AUGGCGGAGGAGGGAUCGGAGAAGGAGAAUGGGGGUUCAGCGUCUAUGGACUCGAUGGAGUCGCGGUGGGUGUAUGAGGACGUGUGGGAGUCGGAGAUCGACGAAGGACUAGCUAACGGCGGUGCCGGCGAGGAGGGGAAUUUACCGCGCAUGGAUUCUGAUGAUGAGGAUGCAUCCGAGCAUAAGCUAAUUCGUACCGGUCCUUAUAUUGAUUCGUUUGAUGUCGAGGCUCUUGAAGUUCCCGGCGCUCAAAGGAAUGACAUUGAGCUUACCUUCACGUUUCUUGUGUUACCUUGCCUUCUGUUGGGCUACCUGGGUCAAGCUGCUUACCUCAUGGAGAACCAUGCUGAUACAACCCAAGCUUUCUUCUCUUCUAUUCCAAGUGGAGCUUUUUGGCCAGUCUUUCUCAUAGCUAAUGUAGCAGCAUUGAUUGCAAGUAGGACUAUGACUACGGCAACUUUCUCCUGUAUUAAACAAUCAACAGCACUUGGUUGCUUUCCUCGCCUUAAGAUAAUUCAUACCUCGCGGAAAUUCAUGGGUCAGAUUUACAUCCCAGUCAUGAACUGGUUUCUACUGGCACUAACCCUGAUUUUAGUCUGCACCAUCUCCAGUAUUUACGAGAUUGGGAAUGCUUAUGGCAUUGCUGAACUUGGAGUGAUGAUGAUGACUACAAUCUUAGUAACUCUUGUAAUGCUUCUUAUAUGGCAGUUAAAUAUCUUCGCGGUGCUGAGUUUUGUUAUAAUUUUUUUGUGGUUGGAGUUGACGUUCUUUUCGUCAGUUUUAUCAAGUGUGGGAGACGGAAGUUGGAUCAUACUGGUGUUUGGCAUAGUGAUUUUCUUAAUAAUGUACAUCUGGAACUACGGAAACAAUAUAAAGUAUGAAACUGAGGUUAAGCGAAAGAUGUCUAUGGAUCUGAUGCGGAAGCUGGGUCCUAACUUGGGAACAGUCAGAGCUCCUGGCAUUGGCCUGCUUUACAAUGAACUUGCGAAGGGAGUACCAGCUAUAUUUGGACAUUUUCUUACCACUCUUCCUGCUGUGCAUUCUAUGAUCAUAUUUGUGUGUAUAAAACAUGUUCCCGUUCCUGUUGUGCUUCAAAGCGAAAGGUUUCUAUUCCGGCGAGUCUGUCCGAAAAGCUACCACAUAUUUCGUUGUGUUGCCAGAUAUGGUUACAAGGAUGUUCGAAAGGAAAACCACCAGACCUUUGAGCAAUUGCUGAUUGAGAGUCUUGAGAAGUUCAUUCGCAGGGAAGCUCAGGAAAAGUCACUGGAGAGUGACAGUGACGAAGACACAGAUUCUGAAGAGAGUUCUUUCUCGAGAGUUCUAAUAGCUCCCAAUGGGAGUGUUUAUUCGCUCGGUGUACCUCUCUUGGCCGAGUUUGAGGACAUGAGAAAGUCCAUAUCAGAAGCAAGCACUUCAGAAGAGGUGAAGGCAGAGCCUUCUGCUGAUCCAUCUUUUCUUGAUGCAGAGCAAAAUCUUGAUAAGGAACUGUAUUUUAUACGCAAAGCUAAAGAAGGUGGCGUAGUAUAUCUUCUUGGUCAUGGAGAUAUUCGGGCGAGGAAGGAUUCAUGGUUUAUUAAGAAGCUUGUCAUAAAUUAUUUCUACGCUUUCUUAAGAAAAAACUGCAGGAGGGAAAUUGCAAAUUUGAGCGUUCCACACUCAAACCUAAUACAAGUCGGAAUGCAGUACAUGGUCUAA